AUGAAUCCACUUCUGAUCCUCGCCUUUGUGGGAGCUGCUGUCGCCUUCUCCCCGGACGACGAUGACAAGAUCGUUGGGGGCUACACCUGCGAGGAGAACUCCGUCCCCUACCAGGUGUCCCUGAACGCUGGCUACCACUUCUGUGGUGGCACCCUCAUCAGUGAUCAGUGGGUGGUGUCUGCGGCUCACUGCUACAAGUCCCGCAUCCAGGUGAGGCUGGGAGAAUACAACAUCGAUGUCCUGGAGGGGGAUGAGCAGUUCAUCAACUCCGCCAAGGUCAUCCGCCAUCCCAGCUAUAACAGCUGGUCCCUGGACAAUGACAUCAUGCUGAUCAAGCUCUCCUCGCCUGCAGUCUUCAAUAGCCGGGUCUCCACUGUCUCCCUGCCCUCCGCCUGCGCACCUGCUGGCACCCAGUGCCUCAUCUCUGGCUGGGGCAACACCUUGAGCUCUGGUUACGACCUCCCUGAACUGCUGCAGUGCCUGGAUGCCCCACUGCUGUCCCAGGAGGAUUGUGAAGCCUCGUACCCCGGAGAGAUCACAGACAACAUGGUCUGUGCUGGCUUCCUCGAGGGCGGCAAGGAUUCCUGCCAGGGGGACUCUGGUGGCCCCGUGGUCUGCAAUGGAGAGCUCCAGGGAAUCGUCUCCUGGGGCUACGGCUGCGCCCAGAAGAACAGUCCCGGGGUGUACACCAGGGUCUGCAAGUACGUGGACUGGAUUCAGGAGACCAUAGCCGCGAACAGCUAAAGCUCCCACCCCGCCCCUCUGCCAUCCCCAUGCUAAUAAAGUGACGCUGAUUCAACCA